GGGGGGCAUCCAACAUAUUCAAGUUGGCGGUGUUUUUAUCCAUCUACACGUAUCAUCUAACGCGACCCAGGAGCCUGGAAGCUUUGAGCCUUAAGAUGGGCCAGGACCAUUAGGCGCCCUGCUGGUGGAGACGUCUUCCGUCUAUUCAUCCCGCCCAGUGCCCGAUGCCCUCCACCACCCAUGUCCCAAGAUCUCAUUAAACUUGGGAAGGACGUUUUGUUCUGUUCUGUUCUCGGCCACUGGUUGCUGUGCUUUGUUGGCUUCAGUCUGAAAGCUUAAGACCUCCAUUGCAUAAAAUUGGAUGGCGUUUUUCGAACCUCCAUCCAGUCCAGGCCGUCUUGCUCGCUGCUAACCAACCCUCCCAAACUCCGGAUCCCAAGUUCCGGAGUGGAGAAGGGAGAAGGGAGAAGGGAGAAGGGCAAGGCAAUUAAUUACUCUGGGACUUCAGGGACUACAGUAAGUGGGUUGAAAAGAGGUGGACAUCUUCGCCCUCCUUCAUUUGGGGUUUCAGCGCUGCCACCAGGCGUUCCGAUGGGAUUUGUUUCCUUGAUGCAUAGGGCAAUAGCCCAGGGAUUAUUCAAAACCAAGAGGUCUUUUCCUUUUCUUUUCCUUUUUUUUUUGGUGGGGGGGGGGUGGCAACGUAAAGUCGCUUUUGGCGUUUGGCUUCGAGAUACUCCGUACAUUCAUUAUACAUAGCGUCUGCGACCUCCGACUCGAGCCGGGAUUGUAAAAACAACAUGGGCCAUUCCUUGCAAAUGAUCACCACCCACUUCGUGACUCGGAAGUCGGAAGCUCUCCAGCUUCAACUUUCAAGAGAGUGAGAUUGUUAGUUAGAUUUUUGUAUGGAGCCGCAAUUCUAUCAGCGAAAUGUCAAAGUAGCCGGUGCUGAUAAGGGCGGACAGGAGGGAUAUGUUUUAUGAUGUCUGAUAUGAAAUCAAUAUUAACAGUAACUAGUAACUAUCAUAGCUGCAAGGUUUGCUAUAUUUCUUACAUAGCGGAAUUAUGCCCCCGAUUGAAUUGAGCACAGAUGUACUUACAGACAUUUAGCACUAUUAUAGAGCCAGAUCAGACUAAGUUGCCGGUCUUGUUUCUCCUUAUCAAGAACAAAAGGUGUAACUACUAGUUACAGACUACCCCCACCCUGAAUACAGUACCAUAGAAGAUAUCCCCUGCUGCCAUUCCAUUCCUCCAUGCUGAAUCUUCAAGAAUUUCUAUUCAAUCUCCGAGAAUGAUGGCGGGCCCUCUGUUUGCCUCUUCUCAUUUCAUGCACCCACUUGGCGCUCCGCGUGGUGUGACAGCCGGCGGUUAAAAUGAAGCAGUUGGACAAUUUAAGAGUAGCUAGCUAUGUUACGAGUAGUUUAUCAAUCAAUUCUUGAAGGACUCUCGACUCCACCUCCCGCUCCUUGUUCAUUACUAUAUCUGUCGAACCGUGCCCCGGCGCAGGGAUAUCUCCUUGUCCCCUGCGUUCAUCCGGGGCAAGGUUUAAUAUCGUUGCCAACGCCUGCACAAAGACAUACCAAGGCGGAUGCUGGGUUAAUUAUGCAUAGGAAGGGGAGCUAGGGGAGCCUUGGUUUCAUUUUUAUUUUAUUUUAUUUCCCUCUUUCUGGAGGACUCUGCGUAAGUCCAGGAUAAAGGGGGUACAAUGAUGGUUGCAAGCACAGGAAAAGAGCCGCUCCUAGAAUCCGGCCGAAACAAGAGAGUAAUGAGUUCAAGUUUCAGGGGAAAUGCUGGAGUUGAUCUGCGCGGAGUCUUCAUUUCUGUGGAUCUAGCUAUUACGUCGGCCGUCUGGGUAGUAUUGACGAGAAACCAUUGCAAUUACCCUUCAUCUUUGAUCUUUGAUGGUGAUCAACAGAGUCAUGGCUUCUACCAGACGCGAGUUUGAAUAUUGAGGAAACAGACAUGGUUUAUGCAGUUUCUCAGAGGACAACAAACAUGUCAUUGUCCUUGUUGGAAGCCUCCCACAUACGAUCUCUGAUAUGGCACGACCCAGUCGAAUCGACAGAGGGCUUGCUCUUGAUAUACAGUCGAAUUAAGCCACACAUACCGUUUACCUGGCCCAGAUAUACAUCUACAGUACAUGCCCAUCACACCAAAGCAACGUGGAGACUUCAUACUUCAUUUUGUCAACCUGCUGAUAUUUUGCAUCCGGGUCCUGUCCUUUCUUUUUCCCUUUAUUCUCUCCCUAAUGCAGCAAACAUCUCUCAGUGGCUCUGUACCAGAUGAGUUUCAAUGGGUCACUAUGCCCAAUGCACAGUGUCUGAACAGUCCUCUUACCGGUGCAAGCUGGACAGUAGUAUCCAAAGAAAAAAGCGACAGAAUACGAGUCAAGAACGUCGCCCACACCGGCCCGUGAUCCUGACGAUUGGAACUUCAAUUAUUGUGUUUGACAUCAAGAAUAGCAUUCCAUUACGAUGAGACAUGAGAGUUGCUGGGAAUUUCAAUUGACCAUGGCAUUCAAUUGGAGCUCAACACACUCACUCUCUGGCUCCGGCUAUCGAUGCACUGAUUUCAACCUUUGGGCGGGUAAUCGAUCACGGGCGAGAAUAAUGAGAGGAAGCUUCUUUUGAUUCAAACGGACUACGACUGACUGUCUGGAAAUAUACACUGUUUCCGUUCGGCUAUUGUCAUGUAGCAGGCGCAACAUUGUAAAUAUACCACCCCAUAAAACAGAUACGAACAUAUUAAAUUUUACUCUGAAAACCCCAAUCAACAGGCCUCUAAUAAUGAGAAAAUAAAAGAAAGAAAGAAAAAAGAAAAGAAGUUGAAGACUUCUUCAUCCCCCGAAAAUCUCACUAACAAAGCCGCGCCUCCCUCGCCCGGCAAACCCAACCGCCGGAAGCCGAGGAAGUCGGCACUAGGGCCACCGAAACAACCCUUGGGAGCCGAAAAGAUAAGGAGACAAAACACCAAGAGGAGAUGAGAUACCCGAGUGCCGGCAAAAGCAGCUCGCCCAGCCCAACAGCCGAUUUAGCUAAAUGGCCAUCAUGGACCCCGGGUAAUGUGGGGGAAGGACGGUUGGAAAUGGACAGAAAGAUUGUCGUGACAUGCGGAGAAGAUAAACACGAGCAGUUGACUUAUAUAAACGAUCUUACUUCUUUACUUGACCGGUUUCUUCGUGCGUGAGGCUAGAGAGUUACAUCCCCCCCCGCCAAUUGCUGUAUGGUUUCUACGUUUUGAAGAUAGCCAAUAUUAGGACAAACGUUACGGAGUACUCUCCGUCUGGUCCAGACUCAGUUUUCGACCGAGAUAGUUUUGGAUUUUUUUUUUUUUUUUUUUUUUUUUUUUUUUUUAAAUUUCAGAGCAACCAACCACCUAGUUAUAUAUAAAACAUGUCGACGUACGCGGUACCCCGCAAGCUAUGGGAGCAUCCCGAUCCCGAGUCGACGAAUCUCAGCCAGUUUCGACGGCGGCUGGAGCGCAAGACGGGGUUGAAGUUUCCGACAUUUCUCUCCCUCCACGACUACUCCGUCAACAACCGCGCCGCAUUCUGGGAAUUCUGUUGGCAUGACCUCAACCCCAUCCACUCAGGCACCUACACAAGGGUCGUUGAUGAGGCCGCACGCAUGGACAGCAUCCCAGAAUGGUUCGCCGGCACUUACAUGAACUUCGCGGAGAACAUGCUCUUCACCUCCUCCGGAUCGUCGGGAGUGUCUAUAGUUGGCAAGGAAGAUGCGAAGUGUGCUGUGACUGAGGUUCGAGAAGGUGGGGCGGAGGGUACACGGAAUAUCACGUUUGGUGAACUCAGGAGCAGGGUUGGCAAGCUGUCGCAGGCUAUGAAGACGGCGGGUGUGAAAAAGGGCGAUCGCGUAGCUGUUGUUGCGAGCAAUAGUAUCGAUACUCUUGUUGUGUUUUUGGCCGUGACGGCGCUGGGAGGGUUGUUUUCGUCCAGCUCGACUGAUAUGGGUGUCAAGGGGAUUCUGGAUCGCUUGCUGCAGAUCAAGCCCCAAUGGCUGUUCAUGGAUGAUUGGACAGUAUACAAUGGGAACACCAUCGAUUUGAGGCCGAAGAUGAAAGACAUCGUUCGAGGGAUGGGGGGUGUGGAGGAGUUUCAAGGAGUUGUAUCGCAACCUCGAUUCCAAGAUCGUCCUGCCGAUGUGAGCAUGGUUCCCAGAACGCAAACUUUGGCGGCAUUCUUGUCAAAGGUGAAGUCCAAUAAGUUGGAAUUUGUGAGAGUUAAGUUUUCGGAUCCGUUCUUGGUCGUUUAUUCUUCAGGAACGACUGGAACACCAAAAUGUAUUGUGCAUUCGGUUGGAGGCGUUGUCUUGAGUGGCCUGAAAGAGGGAAAACUGCACCGAGAAAUGAACUCGAAUUCGGUGGCUCUGCAAUACACCACAACAGGAUGGAUAAUGUAUCUCAGUGCGUUGCAGCCAUUGAUGUACGGGUGCAGAGUCGUCUUGUACGACGGCAGCCCCUUCUUACCUGAUGUCACCUCGUUCAUUAAAUUGGCUGGAGAGCAGAAGGUAACCCACCUGGGCACCUCCCCACGCUAUCUGUACGAACUGCAAAAGAACGGUAUUCAACCUCGAGAGAUCACUGAUCUUAGCAAUCUGGAGGUAAUGACAAGCACUGGGAUGGUGCUUUCGGAUGCCCUGUUUGAGUGGUUCUAUGACAAAGGAUUCCCGGCUAAAGUGCAUCUCUCAAAUAUUUCUGGCGGUACGGAUAUUGCGGGCACAUUUGGAACCUCAAACAGUCUGACACCGUUGUACGUGGGUGGCUGUCAGGGGCCGAGUCUUGGGACCCCUAUUGCUGUGUAUGAUCAGACUGUGGAAGGUGGAAAAGGCGUUAAAGGGAUUCCACUGGAGGAGGGAGUUCCAGGUGAAUUAGUUGCGACAGCAGCGUUUCCCAACAUGCCCGUCAUGUUUUGGGGAGAGAACGGUGCAGAGCGCUAUUUUGAUGCAUACUUUGCUCGAUUUGACGAUGUCUGGACCCACGGCGAUUUCAUCAUGAUCCAUCCCACCACCAAACAAAUCUUUUUCCUGGGACGUGCGGAUGGCGUUCUUAAUCCCUCAGGCGUGCGGUUCGGAUCAUCCGAAAUAUACGGCAUUCUCGAGAACAAAUUCGCCAAUGAGAUCUCCGACUCCAUCUGCGUCGGGCAGCGUCGACCGCGGGAUUCAGACGAAACUGUCAUGCUAUUCCUGCUCAUGCGUCCUGGCGUUCCCUUUACCAAGAAGCUCGUAGAGGACGUUAAAGCCGCCAUCAGAAGCGGAUUAAGUCCCCGACAUGUGCCCAAAUAUGUGUUUGAGACUCCAGAGAUCCCAACGACGGUCAACUUGAAGAAGGUCGAACUGCCAGUCAAGCAAAUUGUGUCUGGGAAAGUAAUCAAGCCAUCGGGUACAUUAGCCAACCCCGAGAGCCUCAACUUCUACUACCAAUUCGCAGAGGUAGAGAAGUUAGUUGCUCCAUCAAGUAAGCUGUAAAUGUGGCAGCAAUGCAAAAAAGCAGAUUUUAGACAGAAAUAUAGAUAGUUUGUCGCUAGGCGCUGUGCAUCUCGGGAAGAAGUAACAAAAGACAAAUAUAGAAAAAAAAAAAACACAAUAAGUAGUUAUCUUCUACCCUUCUUCUUUCCCUUUUCCUGGGAAGCACCUCCUUCAGACUUCGUAAAGCCAGCCUUUAGUAGGGCAUCUCGCGCGGCUGUGUUGAUGAUUCGGAA